UAGCGGCAGAACCUGAGAGCAGAGCGGGCGGCGCACAGAGAGGAGAAAACCUGCCACCGCGACCCUCCACCUGAAGUGUCCCGGCCGCCUCUCGCCCCGUCGAGCCGCAGGACCGGCUGGGAGGGGAGCUCAGGCUGGACUGGGCGGGGGGGACGGGGCUGUCCGGCUCCGCCGCUGCUCUCGGCAGCUGGCGGGCACCGUCGCCCCCCGCUCCCCCGCGGGCGCUGCGCUGGGGCGCGGAUCGCCCUCGCCCCGCGGAACUGCCCGGCCCAGCCCUGCCCCGCGGGCGGGCGGCGGUGGCCCCGGUCUGCCCUCGCCCCUCGGUGCCGGCGGCCCCCGCGGACAUGCUGCCCUGCGCUGGGCGGCGGCGACGCCCUGAGCGGGGGUCGCCCUAGAGCGGCGGGCGGGCGGGGGAGGCCCCGCGUCAGCACCGCCAGGGCCCGCACCCACCGGCGGGGGCUGCCCCGGGGAGCAGAGAGGCGGGGGAGAGGACAACAAGCGGGACAACUUCUGCAAAUUAAAAAAGGAAAGGAGAGGAAAAAAAAAAGUAAAAAGAGGGUCGUUCGUGGGACAUCUUCGAAGCUCAGCAGCACGCGUGGCGUCCAAGCCGCAGUGAAACCCUCCACGCCAGUGAAUCCCACCACAGUGACAAGAAGAAAGCUGGCAGUGGCCACUGCGCCCAAGUAUCGCAGGUGUUAGAGUCGUCUUGGCUUUCUGGCUGGAAGAUGAUUCCUGCAACAGAACCAUGUUGCUGAUGAUAAACCGCAGGGUCGUUGGAAGAUGCCUUCCUUGAGGAUUACACCUGGAGAAAGCCCAUCAGUCAAGGGGAGAGCUGGCUGGUGAAACUGUCUGACUUUCCCCCCCACCGGGGAAGUGGCUUCAAUGGCUCCAUCUCCCAGGAGAAGCAGUAGGAAAGAUGCCAACACCUUGCCAAGCAUGUCUUCAACUUUCUGGGCUAUCAUGAUCCUGGCCAGUCUCCUAAUCGCUUACUGCAAUUUUAACAGCUAUUUUGGAGCGGAUAACCCUCAAUGGCUGUAUAUGAGACAUUGCCCGGGGUGCUUCCAAGAUGCUUUUGAGCUGGGUCAACUGGCUGCAGGUACAUGUGAGAUUGUUACUUUGGACAGAGAUAGCAGUCAGCCCCGAAGGACUAUAGCCCGACAAACAGCUCGCUGUGCAUGUAAAAAAGGACAGAUUGCCGGUACAACAAGAGCAAGGCCAGCAUGUGUUGAUGCACGAAUUAUCAAAACAAAACAGUGGUGUGAAAUGCUUCCAUGUUUAGAAGGAGAAGGCUGUGAUUUGCUAAUCAAUAAAUCAGGCUGGACCUGUACGCAACCAGGAGGACGGAUAAAGACAACCACGCUCCAUAUGUCUCCCACGUAUGCUAUUAUUGCAACUUUGUUGGAAGCCUUUCAUAUAAAUGCACAGAGAAUGUGUUCCAGCCUGGUAAGCAUCUAUCUUAUGUGAACCAAUUCCUGCUGGAUUUUGAAGUUUUGUCCCAAGGAGCUUGGCUGCAGCUCUUGACAUCCUUGGGGAGGCAAGGGGAGAAUUAUUUGGUUUCUCAUAUUUAAAAAUGAGUUUGUUUGUAAUGCUUUUCUCAAAUGUACCCUGUAAUGUAUCAUGUUGAUGUUCUUGAUAUUAUUUUUUUCCCCAUGGCUUAAUUGUACUACUAAUCAUCUGGUUGAUUUAUUCACCAUAUGAGUCAAGAACUAAUGUAAUUCAUCAUUCAAUAGCAUAGACAUUGAAGUAUGAAGUACAUUCAACUAAGAAUUUUUCAAAAUUUUUUACCUAUAAAAAGGCUAUUAGUUUGUUUACACUUAAAAAGAGAGGAUAGUUAGUAAGACAAGACAAUGUUUCUGUUCUUUCAACAUUAUCACUAAAUUAUUUUUUAAUUUAUUUUUAAUAUUCUCCCCGCAGAAGGAGUGAAAAGAAUGACGUUCCAAAGUCUCCGGAACUGUAUUUUGUACAGAGGAAUCUCAUUAUUUGAGUAUCAAAAGUUUCUUUUGGAAGUUUGUAUUGCAGCUUGCUAACAAGUGUUGAAGGUAAAAUACGUAAGAUAAAUGAAGGUAGAAUAUAUAAGAUAAAUGAAGCAAUACUUCUUAAUGGUAUCAGUGAAAAAGGAAGAAAUAUGUUCACCUGUGCUCCAUAUCAAGGUAAUAAAUCACUUAGCUUUCAUAGUAGAAUCUUUCACCAUUUUAUACAGUAACACAUAAGAAAUAUAUCUUGCACAGAUUUAAAAGACACAAUUCUUUGAGUUUCUUGCUUUUGUACUGCCCAGUUCCCUGAACUGAAGCUCCUACCAUUGAAACAGAUUCUACUGGUAGGGAGGAUAGCUGAGUAAAUACCAUAAUUCUUUAAAAUAAUGUCUGCUUUAGAAACAAUAUUUAACCGUGUUAUGUAUCACAUGAUGUUUUCCCAGAUACUAUAGUUCAAAGGAGCUUAUUAUCUAUUCUGUUCAUUGACAAAGGCAUCACAUUCAAAUUUAUAUCAAAUGCACAAACUUUCUCAUCUCUCUGGAAAACGACAAGCUUGUGCUUGCCGACAGCAUGUGCUCAUUCAUUGGUAAUUUCAUCAAUGAAGAUAUUUUCAGGAAGGAUUUUUUCUUCUUUUUCUCCUUGAUCUGUCUAGUAUCAAAUAAUUUUUAUUUGAAAUAUUUUACUUUUAUGAGGCAUUUAAAAGCCUAUGUGAUGUGAAGCAAUUAAAAAAAUUGUCUUCUUUCAGAAGACAAAUCAGAAGAGAAACUCAAAUUUAAUCUCUUUGUUGAGGAAGAAUUGUAAAGCAAAAGGAAAAAAAAAAUAGUUGCAAUUGAGUAAACUGAGUAUAAAUCAGUGAAACUUACUUCCAUGUCCACACCAAAAUUGUGUUCGAUGCAGCUAUAUGAAAUAACUAAUGCACAGAUUUUUUAUUUCCAAGCUCUUCAUUGUGAUUUUUUAAUUUUGGCAAUGACAGCUUUAAAACUAACUUUCUUCUCAUCCUUUGAGUGUGAUUCUCCAUUCCAUUUGAUGCAUUCAUGAGAAGAACAGCAUUGGAGUCUGAACAUGAAAUUGUCUCUGACCUUGAAGCCAGACGCCUGAAUAGGGUGGUAGCAUCCAUGGAGGUUUCACUAGGUUUAUACAAGUGGCCUCCUCUCUUCAUAGCCCAGAAAACUAUCCAUAGGUAUGAUUUCAUACUGUCCAAUAUUACCCAAACAUUUGUGUAACAACACUAUCCAGAAUUUUCAUUAUCCAAAAAAGAGAAGGCAGAGUUCUAUGACUGGUAUAUUCUUUAGAGGGAAAAUUUUAGGGUAUUUGUAAAAUUUCAUAAAGUAUUGUCCUUGCUGCAACUAAAACUGCAGUAUAGAGGUCAGCCUUUAUUCUCUCUGACUCAAAAAACCCGCACAGAAUUUGAUACCUGAGCAAGUAAUCUCCUGUUUGCUCUCAAAGUACCUAAAAAACUGGUAGUUCCAAAGUAGAUACAUGUUUCUGAUAGAAAGUUUGUGUUUUCUUUUUCUUAAGCUAAAGUAAAAGACUCCUAAAGUUUUUAUUACAAUCAUAUAGCUACUCUGGGUGACUGGAGAACUGAACAAUAGCAUCUCUGCUGUGAAUUCCGUAAGCCAUUCUUCAUCUAUAAGUUGUUUUACAACAAUAUGAUUUUAAAUCAUAUUCAUAUUUUUUUGUAGUAAGGAAUGAUGCAUUCAUAUCCAUAUAGAUUGUAUUGAAAUAUCUCAAAAAAGUUAGUGUUUGUUAGAGACAAGAACAGGAGUAUCAAUUACUGAAGAAAAGCAGAAGUGUAAGUGACAGUUUUAAAAAUUUCUUUAGUAUUCAGAUAAAUAUUGGCAGUGUAUCUGUGCUCCUGUGAAAUCUGACAGAACAUUCUUCUUUUUUACAACCUUCUAUCUUUAAACAAUUACUCCAAAGAUGUUGAACACCCUAUUAUUAAAAAAGCACUUAUAUUAAGUGGAUGAUUUUCUUAUAUCCAUUGUGAUGUGUAAGACAGACUUUCAUUCUUUAGUUGUAGGUAAGAUAUUUUAAAUUACAUUUCUGGUUUUGGUUUUUUUGACAUUGAAUUUUCCAUAUUUUUUGUAUUGUUACAAGAAAAGUGAAAGACGUGAUGCAUGCUCCUGGCUAAUACAAUAAAAACAAUUUACAUAA